UUUCGGGAAGGUUCUGUGUCGCACCAGCCUUUCCUUCCUCCGCCAGGGAAAUCCUGUCCGGUGCCCACUUUCACCGCUGCCUCCUGCUCUGCCUGCUCCUGCUUUCAGCAUGGUAAAGAAGAAUACUAUCCCUGACGGAUGGCGGAGUUUGACACCAGUUGGACAGCCUAUACCAGGAACAAGAUUUAUUGCAUUCAAAGUACCUUUAAAAGGGGCAAUUAACCAGAGGCUUACCCCAACCCAGAAAUUUACACCGAAAGAUCUAAUUGCUGCAAUGAAAGCCCUAAAUGUGGAGCUUGGAUUAAUUAUUGAUUUAACAUAUACCACACGAUACUAUGAAGUUAAGGAUUUACCUAAAAGUGUGCAGUAUAAGAAACUUUAUACUGUUGGACUUGAAGUCCCUGAUAAUGCUACUAUCCUACAGUUCAAAAAAUGGGUCAGAAAAUUCCUUUGGGAAAAUGCAGGAAAUGAGAAGCUCAUUGGCGUGCACUGUACUAACGGAAUUAAUAGAACUGGCUACCUUAUAUGUAGGUAUCUUAUAGACGUUGAAGGCUGGGAUCCAGAGGCAGCAAUUCAGGCUUUUGGUGAUGCUAGAGGUCAUCGCAUGGAUGGCCUCGUGUAUCUCACAGAUCUCAGGACACAGCCAAUGCGAAGUAACCUUGGAAUGGAUGUAUGGGAUGCAGAUGAAGAUAUUAUCCCACCACCACAUGCGAUGGAAGGAUCUGUAGAGCGGCUCCCAAAUGAAGAUUUUCAGGGGUCUGGGAAAAGAUUAAGAAUUUAUGAUGACCACUCUUACAAUGAUUUGCAAGGACAGAUGCAGUUGCGAGAUUUUGACUUCAUUAAUAAGGGGCCUGGACACAGACGAAGACCAUUUCAUGACCAUCAAACUCAGGAUGAAUUAAGAGCAUCAGUGCAGAUGAGAAAUUGGGACUACAAUAGGGGACCAGAACAAAGACAAAGAGCCUUUUCUGACCACCACUUUUAUGAUGAUUAUCAAGAAGACACGCAGCUGAAGGACCCAGACUUCAGUAACAAGGGACGUGGACAGAGUUUGAGACCUUUUCAUGGACAUCAGUUUCAUGAUGAUUUGCAAGCAGACAGACAGUCUUUCGACUUCAACAGAGGUCAGGAACAAAGGCAGAGAUCUUUUCCUGACCAUCCAUCUCCUAGUGAUUUACAGGAAGACAGGCAAUCAAAAGAUUUUGAUUUUGGUGGCAGGGGCCGUGGCCAGAGGCGAAAAAUGUUCCAUGACCACCAAUCUCAUGAUGAAUUUCAGACUCAAAUGCAGUUAAAAGAAUUGGAUUCUGCCAGUAGAGGUCCUGGCCAAAGACUGAGAUCCUUCCAUGACUACGAGUCCCAUGAUGACUUGCAGUCACAGAUGCAAUUGGGAGAUUUUGAAUUUGUUAAGAGGGAUCGUGGACAGAGGUUGAGACCUUUUAAUGAUCACCAGCCUCGCAAUGACUUAAAAACAGAGAUGCAACUGAAAGAUUAUGAUAAUAAAGGUCCUGGACAAAGGUGCAGACCUUUUCAUGACCCUCAGCCUUACGAUGGCUUACACGAACAGACUCAAUCAAAAGAUUUUGAUUAUGGUAGUAAAGGGCACGGAAAAAGGCCAAGGCCUUUCCACGAUCAUCCAGGUCACAAUGACUUGCCACGUGAAUGGUGUUCAGACAGAAGCCAGGCCUUUUCUUCCCAUGAAAAUGUACCAGAACCUCAUUUCUCCUCAUCUCCUUCACUUCACAGGGAUUACGGGUCUGAUAAUGAUGACUUUAACAGAAAUUAUAGUAAUCGACCACAUUGUCCUGAAGACAAUAGGAGAGUGCAUCCCUCGGAGGAGUUUAAUAGAGGAAAAAACAGAUUUGCACCAUACUCUUCACGAACAAUGCACCCAUCUUCAUCCAUACACCAAGAAGAUAGUUCAAUAGACUAUGAAAGAAAGCCUUUUCAGGGUGAAACUACCAGAAGCAUGGAACAAAAUAAAAGGUUGCCAGUUGUAACAGUUGAUUACAAUUAUGGUCUGCCGCUAGAUUGUGGACCUGAAGAGGAAGAGAGAUCACAUUAUGAUUUACCACCCAGAGACCUCUACAGCUGGAACUGAAUAAAAAGGGCAAUGUUUGCUCCACUUAGAAUUGCUUUUACCCAUUUUAUUUUGUAUGUGGACCAAUUUUUUUUAAAGCAAAUUAGUGAAAUGAAAAUUUCAGUAGUAAAGAACAGGUCUGUAUUGUAAGAUUAGCUUCUACUGAUCUUUUAAUUUAUUAGGUUGUAUUUGUUAAGUGUCGUUGGAGACAAUGUCUCUGUACACAUGGAAUUAAACCAGUCCUUCCUUUUAGUGAAUUGCAACCCUGAAACAAACAACCUCUUAAAACAAACAACUUUCUGAGUGAUUGUGUUUGUUUUUUGUUUUACAGUUCUUUAAAAUAUAUAUGAUUUCCAGAUGCAUAAUAAAACAGUGCACUAUCAGGUAGAUUAGCAUUGAAAUUAUAGGGAAAAUACUUAAAAAUUAAUGAAGCCAAGUUAUGUCCUGUUCAUCCUUUAAUUUGAAAACAAAAGUUUGAAUUACUGCUAACAAUCACUGCAGCAUCACAAUUUACUUCCAUGUUACCUGUACCAUCCACUGAACUGACAUAGUUGCAUUCUUUUUCAUAGCAGAAUUUUUCCCAGAUUGCUAAGAACACGUAAGCAAGUGGAGUUUGAAUAUUCUAAAUGUCAAACUUGGUUUUCAGUAAUUGAAUUAUCUCAUCCUGAUUGUGUAUUUUUUUCCUGAUCCCUUAGGUUUCCUAUGUUUCAGGUAAAUUUCACCAGUUUCUCAGCAACAAAUCCUAAGGAAGGUAGGUCAUGUAUGUGACCUGAGCUGUCUCGACUGGCCAAGGGCACUGGUGCUGAUGUACUUACACCUCCUCGUCAGUCAUAUCUGUCCUACUCCACAGUUCUGUUUUUUACUAGUUUCUUCUUACAGCACAGUAAUCAGAACAGAAGACUUAACUUCUUCAGGUGAGCUCCUUUUAAGUCAUGUAUUGAACACUAUCCUGAACUGCCUGUGGCUCUCAAAAAGGUAGUGCAACAGCCACUAACUGAAUUUAUGCCAGCAGCUGCACAGUAGCACCAACAGCUCCUACUAUGGAUAAAGAAAUCAUUCCAUAGGAUGGAAAACAGUAUUACUAUAAUACUUAGGUAAAUUAAAAUACCUACAUUUUUCAUUAUUAUUACAUUUUAAUGAAGUAAUACUUUAAAAGGCAUCACAAUAAAUAAGGAUAAAGGUAAACCAUUAUAUUAAAAUAAACAAUUGAAUGCAAACUACUUAAGUCAUACAGUUAAGACACUGCCUUAAAAGCAAAGCUUUAAAGCAUCAAGCACGAGAGCAAGAGGGUAUAGGUAUACACUAGAAAACUGGAAAAAAAAGCAUUCAUAGCCAAAACUCAGAAAGUUUUUUGCCUUUUAGUGGCACCAUAAAACCCAGAGUUCUGAAUUAAUGGUUCUGUACUAAAAAAGAAGUAGAUUGGAGUAUCUUGUAACACAUGCAGACAGUUCCCUAGUGAAAGGACUCCGUGGAUAUAAAUUCAUACUGCAAAUGCUUCAUUGCUUGUGCAACUGGUAGAACAACUUUGGCUUUGUUCAUUGUGCAAAGUAAAUAGUUUUCUCAUUUUCACAGCAGCUUUGUAUUUCCCAUUAAAUUGUAUUUGCCAUCAAAUCUGAUGGUGAGCUUCAUUCAUGUGGUCUCAGGAAUGAAGCUCUGUCUAUAUAAACCGGUUGUGGAACUGAACACUAAAUGUUAAGAAAGGGCAUUUGUUCCUUCACUUGCCUUUUUUUUUAAUUGAGCUGUAAGAUGAGAAUCUUUAUCUAGACUUCUUUAUUUGGAAGCAAGAAAGAUCUGCAAUGUGGGCUACUAUAGUGCCUAGAUCUUUAAAAAAAAUCAACAGAAAAACACCCUUACAUUGUGCAGCAGGGACCCAAGAAUUACAGACUGAUAUUACAAGCAUUUGUUUGAGGUUUUUUUUCUACUAUGUAUGCAGUAUUCAUAAAGUGAAUAAAGAGCAGCAAACAUUUGCCCUUUG